AUGCCCGUCUUCCAAGCGCAUCUUGCUCAGCAGUCGAACGACCCUCUUGUGUUCACAAACACCAAUAUCCCUGGCUUAGACCGUCGCUUUCCGUUCUUCAACGGUGGCGGACGCACCAUUGUCCCCGCCCCCAACAACACGAUGUAUCGCUCGGCUUGGUGCCGCCACGGCUGGCGGGCGCAGGAAAGAAAGCCGGCGCACUUGCAGAACACUCAAUACACUAUCUUCGGAUGCCGAGGCUUCGUUCUCCACCAUGAAGAGAUCGACGACUGGGACUGUGGCUACGCUGAGCAAGGCGUCACGGGUCUUGGCGUUCCAAGCAUCCAGAUCUUGAAUCAGGCUUGGGACGGCACGAUGUGGCCGUUUCCGACCCCUGGGGAGUUCUAUCAGCGCAAGAGCAAGAUUCUUUCAGACUCGUCUACGGACACUCCUCCAGCGUCGCCGAGCAAGACGGUGUCGUCUUCGUCCUCCGCCCAGUCCUCGCCGACGGCGCCUCGCAUCCGUUAA